AUGCCCCUCAGAUUGAUGUCCCCUCCAGCAGAUAGGAGUGAGAAGACUCCUUACAACCCUAGUAAGGCAUCUUUCAGCCUGACGGCUACGUCGAAGAGAUACGUGCGGAAAGUCUUUUUCGCCAUCGUUACACUCAUUGUCCUCUAUAACCUCCUACACAUUAGUCGCAGCACCACUUUACGGAUUGAGUCCUCGACAUAUGGAUUGACACUUCUGAAGCCAGCUGAGAAGCAUACUGGCAGCUUCCUUCCUUUGGAUGAAGCCCAGUCUCUAUGCGAGACGCAGAAGUUCCAGACUUACCCUGAGCGGGAGAAACAUCGUAAAAUAUACGAUUUGUUCCUGAUCGGUACGGAGCUGGACUGGCUGGAAAUUCGUCUCAAUGAGCUUCAUCGCCAUGUAGACUACUUCGUGAUUGUUGAGUCAUCACGAACAUUUACAAACCAUCCGAAGCCCCUUCACUUCAAAACCCACUUUCACCGAUUUGCGAAAUUCGCUCCGCAAAUUAUCUACCACACAAUCGACUUCCAGGGUAUGGAAGAGAAUUCUACAUGGGAAAGAGAGCGCUACCAGAGAGACUCCAUGUUGGACGUCGUGUUCCCCAGCUUGAUCGGUGCUCAAGCACCAAGCCUAGGAGACGUCAUCUUGGUAUCGGAUAUUGACGAAAUCCCUCGCCCUUCCACUCUGACACUUCUUCGCAAUUGUCUCUUCCCCGAAAGAACCACCCUCCGCAGCCGUUUCUUUUAUUAUUCCUUCCAGUGGGAGCACGAUGGAAGUGAUUGGAACCAUCCACAAGCAACAUUCUACCAAGGCAGCUCCACGGUCAAGCCGGAAGAUCUUCGUAUGGGAGCGGGAGACUGGGAUAUCUCCAAUUCGUCCUGGCACUGCAGCAGCUGUUUCGAGACAGUGGCACAGAUGGAUGACAAGAUUGGCUCAUUCUCGCAUACAGAAUACGACCAGCCAGAGUUCAGAGAUCCGGCCGAGAUUGUGCGGCGCGUACGCAACGGGCUUGACCUGUUUGACCGCGAAAGUGAAAAAUACAACAAGGUGGACUCGCGGGUUGAUCUGCCGUCCUACUUGAAAGCGAACCAGGAAAAGUUCUCCUUCAUGAUCGACCGCGACCCGUUGAAUGCUAACUUUCGAGACUACCCCUGA